AAGGGCAUAUAACACACUGCAAGAGCCCAGAGCCACGGUCGUAGCUACCAUAGGGUUAGGCAGACAUUCUCCAGAUUGCUGAUAAAAUCUUAGUAAGAAUGAUGUUCACUAAAGCUUGGAUUGUUGUAUUUUUGUGUGGUUCUUCAUUGUAUACCACAGAUGCAAUUGGUUCGUGGAAUACCCCAUCCAUCUCUGGAAGCGGAACUGGAACCGCUUCAACGCCAAUAAAUAUCAAUGAAGAUCUGGCUGUCGGUCCCACAGGAACUACAGUCGAAGCCGUUGCUACUAGCGGAACCAUUGCAAGCUACGAAUUACUAACAACGGGGAGUCCUUUCUCGGUAACCUCACCUGGUGGCAUUCUUAACUUAGAUUCUGCCCUCGAUUAUGAAACUACAACCAGCUAUACGCUAGAAAUUAAGGCGGCUGACACUGAUGCCAAUACUGGAAUAGCAACUUUUACUAUUGCCGUCGGGGACGUAAACGAGGCUCCAACAUUCACAGCUACGUCAUUUACAGCUUGUGUUGCUGACGCUUCUACAGCAGGUCAAUCUGUGACGACUCUUACUGCCACUGAUCAGGACGCAGGAGAUACCAUUGCAUACAGCGUUAACUCUGGAGAUACGAACAACCACUUCAUAUUUUCUGGAGCCGAACUUCGAGUCAGUUCAGGAACUACUCUUGACAUGUCAACCACAGCAAGCUACACUCUUGUUAUUCAUGCCACCGACGAUGAUUCGUCACCAUUGAUUGGGUCUGCAACAUUAACCGUAACAGUGGGUGAUUGCAACAGCGCGACAGCUCUUGCUGUUAGUAUCAUGAUGACUCUUAUGGCUCUGGUUGUGUCGUUGUAUUAAGAUUCACGGAAAGCUCAUCCAAAAGUUCUAAUUCAAAGUACUUUCCUAUUCUUUUUACUCAAACAUCGUAUCACCAAGUGUACCUUUCCCUUGUAUGUUCAUGUUCUAGAAUGGACUAACUUUUUCUUAAUCUGAAAUUUAUGUAAGGAUGUAGUGUACGUCACCACCAAGGUAGUUUCGAUUAUUACGAACUGAAGAAAUAUAUUUUACUUCGCUUUAUAUAUUUUAGAUGCUGAAUAUCGCAUGUCUGUUUGUCUUUGUCCAUUCUUCUUAACAUUUAUACAGGUUUUAAGAACAAUACUCUCUAAAGGUAAUUCAUGUUAAAAUAAGAAGGAAAAUAUACUCAUUCAACAUUUUACAAGAUUAUUCUCGUUUUUUUUUUUACGCUUGUCCGUAAAAAUCUACGUAGUUCGUAAAUUUAUUAGUAUGUGCAUUAGACUUCUGAUAUAAAUUAAAAUGUACAUUCUGUUUCUAUGGUAAAGUAUUUCUAUUAGUUUGAGCAGAUAUAUGUAACAAAAAGCUUUUUUUUCGACGGCUUCAGUGCCAUUUUCCUUUCCUGCAGAAUGGCGUUUGAAACAUAUAUAGUUCUGUUUUUAAAUGUAAAGACUACCGCUUAUUUCAGUGUGUUGUAAUUUGAGAGCACAAAUAAGGCCUCAUUUUCAAAAUCUAGCGUCUCAAUAACUUACAAGUCGUUAUUCAAAAUAUAACGUAAUCUCUUGUCAAAUGAAAGAAUGCCACAAAGAGUUCACAAAUUCUAAAAAUAUUAUCUGCCAUAGUAAGUUCAGAUUUCAUCAAGUCGAAAAGGCCUGGAAGUACACUUACUUUUUUAUAUUAUGUAUAACAACUUUUAACACUGCACAAUUUGUUCUAGAAGUGUUUACUUACAUUUAAAAAAUAAUUGGAUUUUGCACAUGAAGACGAGUUUUGUUCUUUUCUUCUCUGUCAAGGUUUAGUAUUUCACUUUGAUAUGUAUUCCAUUAAUGUUGUCUUUUAACCAUAUAUCAGUACUAUAGGUGAGAUGACUGUUUUACUCUGGAUCCAAUCACUUUACACACUUAUACCUAAGCAAGAUAUAAAUUUAAAUAGCCGCAGGAGUAUAUGAAAUGUUUAGUAGCGUGCAUAUGAAUUAAAUGAGAGUGAAUUAACUUAAAUACCACAAUAAAUUUUAAAUUGGAGUUUAUUAACAAUACGAAGCCUGUAUUUCUGUCUCGAUAUUGCAAAAAUCUUAUCGAAUUGAAUCAGAAAUGAAUACGUGUCCUGUCGUAUAUGUCUACUCCCUCUAGUACUACGUGUGAUGUGUGCUUGUUUAAAGUAUUAUAGUGUUUAAGAAAUGAUGUCAAUAAUGAGACAUGACCGUGUCGAUGCUUGCGUCAUUUCUUGUAUUAAUCUUAACAUUUUGUAUUGCCGCGAAGACUUAUUUAAUUACUAAUUUAAGUAAUAGAACAUAUCAAUUAUUGAUAAAAUUGUUGGUGAAUAAUGUUUUCAUUUACAAGAAAUAGAAUGUCAUAAAAAUAAGCUAAUGAUUGAUAUACGUACAAAAGAUCAGUGUUAAAACUUAAGUUUUACCAUAAAUCGUUAAUUCCUUGUGUAUAGAGUAUCCUAGCUUGUUACAAUUCGUCUAUGCCUGUCUAGAAAAUAAAGCAAUACAAAACAUA